AUGGAGGUGGUAACAUGGGAGGACCAAAUAGGUGGCGGUGAGGUGGAAACGGUGGGAGGGCUAAGCACCAGCAAAGAAGAGUCCACAAGGAGUCGAAGUGAUAGCAGAGAAGGAACCGAGGCGUAUGGGAACAACAUCCUUUGGAAUAUCGCCUCCAUGAAUAAUGAAAAUAAAAAGUAUCUCCUCCGGAACUACGUGGAUAAGAUCAAGCGAAUUAGCCAGUACAGCGUGAAGCCAAUGUACUACGAUAUCCUCAGCGUCAGUAGCAACGCAGAUGGAAAAACGAUAAGGAGGAGUUACCUCCAACUGUCCAAGCUGUUCAGUGUCCACAGGAAAAUGUCCCUCGAACAUGAAGAGUGUUAUUACUGCAUUCAGAAGGCCUACCAAAUGUUGACGGACAAAUUUGAAAAAUUCUACUACGAUGUGCUAAAUGGAUACAUUCAUGAAUCCACCAUCGAGGAAUGUAGGAAACAGUUGGAAAGCGAAGCAGAAGUCAUAUACACAAAUAAAAUGAAUGAAGUAAAAAGUAUCUAUUUGGAAAAACUCAAAGAAGAGGAAAAAAAAAACGGACUAAUCAUAGAGAAGGCUUUAUUUGGAAAUUUAACGUUAAAGGAAGAGCAUAUAAAUAACUCCCUAAAUAUGGAGGUCAUAACAGAGAAUGAUUUAGAAGGUCCCUUUCUCGACCUGACAGUCAUUUUGCAAUCUCGUAUUGAAAACAGCUCCUUCCUAUUUAAUGAUGAAUUUUCCUUUGCCCAUUUUUGUGACGUUCCCAAGCCGUUGAUUAAAAUACCCUGUAGGGAAGACGCAGCAUACGCCGAUAUUUUACAAAGCACAGAAAUGUACUUAUAUAUAAAAUAUAAAUUUUUAAAUACUGAUCAUGAGCUGAUUGUGGUGGACAGAUCCAGAUUCACUCUCCCACAGAGUACUCAUCGAAUUUUUGGGAACCGUAUUUGUGGACCCUUUUCGCCAGUCAACGUUAUUAAAAUGAAGCACUUGUCCAAUUCGAUCGUGGAUACCAUUUUCCACUUUUUCUCCAAGAAUAAAUUUUACAUCACCCUGUUUACUACUAUUCUUCUAUGCGCUCAGUCGGUUAAGUCGGCCUAG